AUGCGUCAGGAGCGGACCGAUGUGGAGGAAGUGUGGGAUGGGUACGCAGUUAAACACUUAAGCUUUCUGCAGCCGAUUUCAAGCUCUGUGGAUGCGUCGGAGAUUCGCCGAGGUCGGGUCGUUGCUAGAUGUGCCAGGGAGCUCGACGAACAAUGUCUUCUGAAUGAUGCUGCUGUUGUCACAUUCCGUCUCGAGCGACCCUUGAUCAAGAUGACUGGGCACCUCUCAGUGCGUGGCAGCUCGCACAAGGCAGACGGGCGAAACAUCAGCGACUGGCCUGCAUCUGUCGACGUAAGGUGUCAUCAACGGAGCAUGUUGAUGGAGCGCCGACUCGUGCUGCGACUGAGCCAGGUUCAUUGUGCAGACCGUGCUCUGCGGCUGUUGCAAGGCCGAAAUCAGAUUUCUUGA